ACCCUGCUCCGACCCGUGUUGUUAGCGACUGUAACGCAUGGACGGGGUAAAGAGCAGAUUGGACCAUCUUUUAAGACGCUGAACAAACAUACAGCUGUAAUGGACGACCGUCCGUUAGACCUGACACCAGCACAGGAAGCUACCAAGUCAAAAUACCCGCCAAUCAACAAGAAAUAUGAGUAUCUGGAUCAUACAGCAGAUGUGCAAAUUCACUCCUGGGGGGACUCUCUGGAGGAAGCCUUCGAGCAGUGUGCCAUGGGCAUGUUCGGCUACAUGACAGACACAGAGACAGUGGAACCGCUCGAUACUGUUGACGUUGAAUCAGAGGGUGAUGAUAUGGAGUCUCUUCUGUUCCACUUCCUAGAUGACUGGUUAUACAAGUUUAGUGCAGAUCUGUUCUUUGUUCCCAGGGAGAUCAAAGUUUUGUCAAUAGACAGAAUGCACUUCAGGAUCCGGUCCAUUGGUUGGGGUGAAGAAUUCUCUCUGGCAAAGCAUCCACAGGGGACUGAGGUGAAAGCCAUCACAUACUCUGCAAUGCAGAUCCACGAUAAAGAGAAACCAGAGAUAUUUGCCAUUAUUGAUAUCUGACAAUACCUCCAGACGCAGACUACACUCCAGCUUCAAUCAAACUGGAAUAUCUACAUGGCCAAUUGAGGUCGCAUUUUUAUCUAAGGCACUGAUUAUUGGCUGGACUGUUUACUGACAGGAGCAUUUCUUGUGUUUAUGUGUGCACACCGUACAAUGUUAGAGCUGUGUGACAGAUUACAGAUUAGUGAUAUAACAUUGAUAUCUUUAUAAAUAUGAUUCUUUCAGAAAUCAUAAAACCUUAGAUAUAAAUUACAUCAGGGAAUGGCAAUGAUAUGUGGAAAAAUGCAUUGCGUGGAGAUCUGUCAACCCAGUUUUACUUAAUGCUCAUCACGAAUGUGAUAUUGUUUUGAUGCCUUAUUGAUUAUUGUAAAUAAAUCAACAGAUUUUUAUUUUUCUUCUGUGGGAAUAAAUAAAUAAUUACUGGUACUUGGUAAAUCUCACUUAUGAAUCAUUUCAGCAGUAAACAGGAGCUCUAAAUUUAGAAUUACACAGCAAACAUCUUAAAAAAUAAAAGUUGAGUUCAACACAGCAAUAUUCAAAACCAUCAUACAGUGAAUCCUCUCUUUGAAUUGUUUAAAUCUACCCACAAGGAAUGUAAAGUAUGCAACAAUGGUAAUAACACUAGUUGAUUUUAUUUAAUUAGCUGAGUUCUACUUUUUUAAUAAAGAAAGGUCAAGAUAGAUUGGCCAAUGUAUCCCAGCACAACCUGGGUUUUGAUGGUGCCUUUAGGAAUCACUACAUGAAUGUUCUACUAAUAUUAAGUAUUAAACCACAUGCACAAGCCUA